UGUAACCUGAGCCCAAGCUUGCCCUCACUUGCCGAGCCAGCGAGCGCCCUCCUCCUCCUCCUCCACCUCCUCCUCCCCCCCCACUCGUCCUCCUGUUGCUGCUGCCUCCAUUUCGCCCUUUUCCUUUUCUCUCUCUCUCUCUCCCUCCUGCCCUCUUGUUGUUGUUCCCUUGCCCUACAUUGCCUCGCUGCGCUUCUCUCCUUCGAUUGACCCCUCUCUCCUCUCUCUUGCAUCGCGCAUCGUUCUUCGUCAUGCACUUUCAGGUCAUCGUGCUUCUCGUUCUCUUCCUCCCUUCGUUACUGCCAAUCCUACUCCUGUCUUAAAAUCUUGCCCUGCGCACUUUGGUCAAGUUCUUUUGAUCUGAGCUUUUUUGUUUCCAAGUCCUAGCCUUACGCUUCUGUGAUAAACCCACACGAAGUCCGUGCCAAAUUCUCUCCCUUUCAUUGCUUUGUCUACUAGGGAGUAACACUGCAUUGGUUGCGUUGGUCCCUUGGGAGGCUAGAGAGUGAGCUUAGUUAUUGGCCUUAUUCAACAUGAAAAUAGUUUUUUAGCAUUUUUGGACGCUGCGCAAACGAGGAACUAGUUGAGGGGCAGAGGUUGGAAGGUAUCACCUUAAACGUCGCGAUACUCGUAUCACCGACAUUCAUCUGCUUAUGCAAGCAUGAGCGGUGAGGAACGGGCGCUGAAGAGAGUCUAAAGUGUCCAGAAUAUACAUAAAACAAUCCUUCAUGGCGCUCACUUCAGCAGACGAUCUUUCUAGGGUUUACACCCUGCUUCGAGAUGCUCUGAGUCAAGACGAGUCCGUGCGGAAGCCAGCCGAGGCGACGUUGGCUGCUUGUGAGAAUCGGCCUGGAUUUUGUUCAUGCCUUCUGGAGAUUAUUGGUGCCAAGGAUCUGGGACAGCAAAGCGACGCCCGAUGGCUGGCUUCUGUAUAUUUCAAGAACAGUAUUAGUCGAUACUGGAGGACUCGUCGAGAUUCUCCGGGCAUAAGUGAUGCAGAAAAACCUCAUUUGCGGAACAGGCUGCUCAAUUUAAUUAGAGAGGAGAACAAUCAGGUGGCUGUCCAAUUGGCACUUCUUAUUUCAAAAAUUGCUCGAGUUGAUUAUCCCCGAGACUGGCCAGAGUUGUUUCCAACGUUGCUGCAGAAGUUACAGUCUCCUGACGUACUCACAACUCAGCGCGUAUAUUUGGUGCUUAAUCAAACGUUGAAGGAGCUAUCUACCAAACGCUUAGCAGCAGAUCAACGCAAUUUUGCAGAGGUAACAGCCCAAUAUUUUGAGUACACUUGGCAUCAUUGGUGCACAGAUACUCAGGGUAUUCUUCAAGGUCUUCGGACACUUCUUGCAGGUCCUCAAACUGCAAUUCUUGCUUCGGACCAAGAUCAAGCACUUCGGUUGACCUGUGAACGCUGGAUGUUAUGUCUGAAAGUCCUUCGCCGUAUGUUGGUACAUGGUUUUCAGAGCGAUGUUAAGUCUGUUCAGGAAGUAGGUCCGGUGAAAGAUGUUUGCCCUGCAUUUCUACAAGCACUUCAGGAAUUUCUGCAGUAUCGUAUUGGGUUGAAGCACGGGCAAGUUUUGCAAGCUUUCGUGGAUAAGGCGUGCUUGAGAUUGAUGAAGAUAUUUAUAGAAGUGCAAUCCACUCAUCCUUACUCAUUUAGUAACAGAGCCGUGCUCCCACCCGUUUUGGAGUUCUGUUAUAUUCAUAUAACAGAACCGAAAGAGGAAAAUUUACCUUUUGAAGUUUUCUUGAUCAAGUGUAUGAUCUUUCUUCAGAAUGUUAUUGAAUGUGUUGCUUACAGGCCCAACAAGUCUGGCAGGGUUGUUGGGCAGAGCACUCCUACUUUGGAAGAAGCCAAAGGGAAUUUGGCAAGACAGGCCGAAGAAAUAUUAGUGUCUCUAUUGGAUAAGCAACGCUUGGUUGUACUCUGUGAAAUUAUAAUUCGAAGAUAUUUUGUGCUCACCCCUGCGGAUCUGGAGGAAUGGUCAAAUGAUCCUGAAUUAUUCCACCAUGAACAAGAUGCCGGCCAAUACAAGGACAAGUUGCGCCCUAGUGCAGAAUCUCUAUAUCUAUCUCUAUUUGAAUCUCAUCGGGAGCUCUUGGCUCCGGUGGUGGUUAGUAUUCUUAAACAAGCAUCAGAAGGAUGUCCUCCUGCUGCUCCUGGGGCUGACAUUCAAAUUACACCAGCUCUACUACUCAAAGACGCUGCAUACGAUGCAGUUGGGACGGCCUAUUAUGAUCUUCAUGAUUACAUUGAUUUUAAAUCUUGGUGGGAGGCAGCCCUUGUGCACGAAAUCAGUAAUCUUCAUCCAAACGGCCGAAUCCUUCGACGGAGAGUUGUUUGGCUUCUGGGUAAAUGGGUGAACAAGAUUAAAGACGAGCUGAGGAAGCCUGUUUACAAUGCUUUGAUAAGUCUUCUUGGGGAUGGCGACCUAGCAGUACAACUGGCCGUGUGCCUUGCUUUGCAAAGCCUAAUAGAUGAUGUCCACUUCUAUGAAGAGGAGUUUGUGGAGUAUGUUCCAACGUGUUUGAGACUUUUGAUCCAGUUUAUGGAGAGGGCGCAAGAGUUUGAAUCUAAGCUUCAGAUUUUCAACCUCGUGGUGCUUAUAAUUGAUCGUCUUGGUGAGAAGAUUGUUCCGUGUGUGGAGAAGAUUCUAGCAUUUUUACCCCGAGUUUGGCAAGAUUCAGAAGGACAGAGCUUGCUGCAGAUACAAGUAAUGCUUGCACUUCAACGGCUUCUGGUUGCACUUGGACCCCGCUCUCCAAUUUGCUAUGAGAUCCUUUUCCCAAUUUUACAGUAUAGCUCAGAUGUAAAUCAGCCUGAUGAGCUUAAUAUGCUGGAGGAUGGUAUGCAGUUGUGGCAAACGACACUGAAAACUGCUCCUGUAAUGGUGCCUCAACUCAUGAAUCUUUUUCCUCAUCUUGUGGCUGUUAUGGAGCGGAGUUUUGAUCAUCUUCAGGCUGCCAUGAUAAUCAUUGAAAGUUACAUUCUUCUAGGAGGGGCUGAUUUUUUGAGGUUGCAUGCCAAUGGCGUAACGAAGAUUUUUGACAUUGUUGUUGGGAACGUGAAAGAGAGAGGAAUGCUGUGUACUCUUCCUGUCAUUGAUUUACUUAUUCAGUGCUUUCCGACGGAUGCCCCUGCACUGCUGGAGGGUAUACUGCAGAAACUUUUAGUGCUGGUGGUAAGUGGUCGAGAUGAAGCUGACCUGGUGAAGGCAUCUGCAGGAGCAGUGCUAGCGAGAGUAUCUGUCCAAAACAGUGCCUUCUUUGCACAGUUCACUUCGCAGCCUUCUCUUUCCCUUGCUCUACAGCAAUCAGGGGUGGCUGUCUCGGACCAGAGUGCUCUUUUUCUUUUCUUUGAUGCUUGGCUUGACAAGGUGGAUUCUUUGACAAGUAUGUCAAAACGGAAGUUAUGUGCUCUUUCCCUUUGCAUGUUGCUUACAAUAAGCCAACCGCAAGUCCUGGAUAGACUUGUACAGAUUCUCAGUGUCUGCACUAGCGUCCUCCAUGAAACAGAGGAGGACAAUGACUCCAGUAUAUCAGGUUAUGACUACAACAGUGCAGAAGAUGGAUGUAUGGGACCUGUCGAAAGUGAAGACUCUAGGAAAAGACAGGUGAUUAAUGCAGAUCCUAUUAAUAAGGUUCCACUGGCUCUGUUCUUGAAGGAGAAGCUACAAACGUGUGCUCAACUUCAUGGUAAUGCUGCAUUUAAUACUGCAAUGGGCCGGCUCCAUCCAACACUUCUUGACCAGCUUCAACAAAUAAUGCAGUCCUGACCAUUCCCAGAACAAGUGAUAUGCCAAGCUCUGCACUGAACUGCACUGCCUCAGCUGGUGUAUUCAUUCUCAUUUAGAAGGGUGGUGAUUAAGAAACUCCUUGAAAUAUGUGGAAAUUACUGCGGUGGAUUCAUAAAACACGGUGGGUGGAGGUUCCCGUUAUCAAGGCCCAUAUGCUUGAUAUUUGACGCUGGAAGGCUGCAAGAUUCGUCUCUCCUAUGUGUAAUCUUGAUUAUUAGAUCAUAUCACAUCACUUUGGCGCACAAGAGUCUAUUGCAUGCUCGAGGAUCACUUGCGUCCUUCCAGCUUCCUUUUCCCAUCUUGACCGAAAAUAUGAUAUUGUCAGUUUAUUGAGCGUCGAUUCAUUUCGGUGAAAUCAAUUUAGCCAUCAAGUUACUCUGAAAGUUGAGUAUACUUGCCGAGUUUGUUCGAAUAUUUGUGCUGUGUGGAACAUAAUCGUAAUUGGAUUGUAGGUUCACGUACUUUUGAGAAGUAGAAAUCUAAAUGAUUGAUCUCGUAUACUGAUUAAUUGGUGACUAUUUUGAUGAAUUAGAAGUGUGCACAUUACUCCAUUAUUUGAUUAUUCUGAUUAAUGUUGUGUACUCACCUGUACUAACUGCAAGGCGAGUGCCAUACACGUGGAUAACGAUAGCGACAACUCGCCGAAAAUAUGGCCUUGUGGCAGAAUAAUUGUGACUCCCUGUUCUGAAUUAAUAAAGAUUGAAUCGUAAGAUGAGGUAUUCUGCAAA